AUGGGGAUCCUGCGUUGCGGUGGGAAAUUUCCUCGUGUGCUGAGGCUGGCUUGCUCCAGCCAUGCCAUGCCAAUUGUUCCUACAUCGGUGCUGGGGUCUUAUCGGAGAUUCCACAGUUCACCUAUUUGGUCCGGAGUCAGAUCGCAAGUCUUGAAAGAUGUGGGUGAAGGCAUCAUGGAAGUCCAGAUCAUCCAGUGGUAUGUAGAGGAAGGCGCUCAUGUCGAGGAGUGGAAGCCGCUUUGCCAGUAUCAGUCUGAUAAAGCGGUGGAUGAUAUCACAUCGAGAUACGAAGGCAUCAUCAAGAAGCUUCACUUCCAAGCAGACGACACAGUACCAACCGGAAGGGCAUUGUGCGACAUCGAGGUCGAUGACGCAAAAUACCCUGAUGAUAGUCCCCAUCCCCCUGCCCCUGCAGAGGAACCUGCCAAACCCAUUACCUCCGAAUCUCAGACAGAAACGACAAGCCUCAGUACGGCACCUGAAACGGCAAUAUCAGUCCAGGCGGAGAGUCCUCCUCUUCAAAGAUCAAAAUAUGCCACACUCGCAACUCCCGCUGUUCGAGGGCUCCUAAAACAGUUCAACAUAAACAUCCUCGAUAUCACAGGAACAGGCAAAGACGGGAGAGUAAUGAAAGAGGACGUCCUCAAAUUCGUUGCUAUCAGAGACUCCGCAGCAGACACUCCUGCUUCAACAACAGAAGAUACCAGAUCAGCACCAACACUAGAUGCAAAGCAGACAGAGAACCCGGUUUCUCUGACCCCGAUUCAAUCACAGAUGUUCAAAACCAUGACUCGAUCCUUGUCCAUCCCACACUUCCUCUUCGCAGACGAGCUCAGCGUGGGCCGACUGUCUGAUCUUCGAAAGAAACUCGCGAGUGACGCCAACAAUCCGCAGAAACUCACUUUCCUUCCAUUCGUCCUCAAAGCAGUAUCCCUUGCCCUAGAGCAAUACCCCCAGCUCAACGCCAGGGUCGACACCAGCGACCCAAACAAACCAAAACUCAUCAUGAGAUCUAUCCACAACAUCGGAGUGGCAAUGGACACGCCUCAAGGCCUAAUCGUCCCUAACGUGAAAAACGUCCAAGCGCGAUCCAUCCUAGACAUCGCAUCCGAAAUAUCCCGUCUCAGCACCCUUGGAAAAGCAGGAAAACUCACACCAGCAGAUCUCACCGGCGGCACGAUCACCGUCUCCAAUAUCGGAAAUAUCGGAGGAACGUACGUUUCGCCCGUGAUAGUUCCCACCGAAGUAGCUAUUCUAGGAAUCGGAAGGUCUAGACAACUUCCCAUCUUCGAUGAAGCCGGACAAGUCACCAAGGGCGAACUGGUCAAUUUCAGCUGGAGCGCAGAUCAUAGAGUCAUUGAUGGUGCCACCAUGGCUAGAAUGGCGAGUGUCGUUCGUCAAUUUAUCGAGACGCCGGAACUGAUGCUUUUGAAUCUGAGAUGA